CAACUUUUUGCUGAUAUGAGUUCUGAGGAGUUUAAGAGAGCAUACCUCCGUCAUCUACCGACACCGACCACCAACGACUCUGCUGCCGCAGCCGCCGCUGCCACGAGGUCCGACUUUGUACUGCAACUGGACUCCUGUACACCACCUGCUUCUGUGGAUGGGAGACAGAAAGGAGUGGUGACUCCAGUUAAAAACCGAAAGAGAUGUGGAAGUUGCUGGGCAUUUGGAACCGUUGGAGCUAUUGAAUCAAUAAAUGCAAUAAGCACAGGAAAACUUGUUUCCCUUUCAGAACAAGAACUCGUAGAUUGUGACUCUGCAAGCGUUGGUUGUUCAGGUGGAUAUACCGAAAGUGCCUUUGAAUGGGUCAUAAAAAAUGGGGGCAUUAGUGAAGAAGCUAAUUAUCCUUAUACAGCUCGAGAUGGUGUUUGCAAAGCUAAGAAAAAUGGAGGAAGAGUCGUGAAAAUUAAUAGCUAUGCAAAAGUACCCAAAUCAGAUGCUGCUCUUUUAUGUGCCACUGCUAGGCAGCCAAUUACCGUGGCGUUCGAUGCAAAUUAUCUUCAAUUCUACGAGGAUGGAAUUUUCGAUGGAGGGAAUUGUAAGAGGCGUUCAACUUAUGCAAACCACGCGGUUUUGAUUGUUGGAUAUGGUUCAAAAGAUGGAAAAGAUUAUUGGAUUGUGAAGAAUUCCUGGGGAGGAGACUGGGGAAAGAAUGGAUACUUCCUGAUAGAGAGGAAUAAAAAUUGGCCAAAUGGGGUGUGUGCUAUUAAUUCCUGGGCUUCCUUUCCCACCAUAUAG